AUGAAAAGACAUUCAAGAAGGAGGGGUCUGGGUCAUCUCAGCGCCCUCAGGGUUGGAGGUCGAAGCUUCAGUGGGACUAGUAGAGGGCGUUCACGCAAGAACAUUUCGUGGGAUAGAGCCAAGAUCUACGACACGCCUCUCAUUUCUCUUCCUCAAAUUGUCAGAGGUAUUGUGGUUAGGAGAGUUAUUCCUUCAGAUAACAGCUGCCUCUUUAAUGCGGUCGGUUAUGUAAUGGAUCACGACAGAAACAAGGCUUCUGAGCUGAGACAGGUAAUAGCAGCAACAGUCGCUAGUGAUCCAGAAAAGUAUAGUGAGGCAUUCCUUGGAUUAACUAAUGAUGAGUACUGUGCAUGGAUUCUUAACCCAGACAAGUGGGGAGGUGCCAUUGAACUUGCAAUAUUGUCCGAAUAUUAUGGACGUGAAAUUGCAGGAUAUGAUAUACAAACCACGAGAUGUGUUUUGUAUGGGCAGGGAAAUAACUUUGAGGAAAGAGUGAUGUUGAUAUAUGAUGGGAUCCAUUAUGAUGCUUUAGCUAUGUCGCCCUUCGAAGGAGCUCCAGAGGAGUUUGAUCAGACGAUAUUUGCUGUGCGCAAUGUGGGCCCAGUUGAAGAGCUCGCCCUUCAUCUCGUUAAAGAUCAGCACAGGAAGCGGAGCUUUACGGACACUGCCAACUUCACCUUGCGAUGCGCUGUUUGCCAAAUAGGAGUUGUGGGACAAAAGGAAGCAGUCGAGCAUGCCCAAGCGACAGGUCAUGCCAACUUUCAGGAAUUCAGAUGAUAGUCACUGGCUGAAUUAAAUUGGCUUUGAGAAGCAAAUUCAAAUUGAUUGGUGUGAAAUUACAUUAAUUUUCAACAGAAUUGAGUAAAUUGGUUUGUUGUACUACAAAUACAAUUGAGGUAAAUGCCUUGAUACGGUGCUGUUGUUGUGACAUUAUUUUGUUUACUUUUUCUUCUGAUGUUUCCAUUAUUGAUUAUAGAAAAAGAAUAAUCUCGUGACCAAUUGGAUUUAUUUUGUUGUGCAACGUGCAAUUUCUCUUUUGAGUAUAAUUAGUUACAAAUUUGUUGAAAGCAU